AUGCUCGACGCGCGCCGCCACGGCGAGCGCUUUCGCCUCUACCAGACGCUUGAGCUGCCACGCACCGACGCAACUCACGAGGAGGUGAAGCGUGCGUACAAAAAGCUGUCGCUGCGCCACCACCCGGACCGCAACCCGGGCGACGACGGCGCGACCGGCCGCUUCCAGGCGGUCGUGAGCGCGUACGACGUCCUCGGCUCCGCCGAGAAGCGGCAUAUCUACGACCGGUACGGCGAG